AGUUUUCAAGAAAACGGGAGAGAAAAGAGAGAAAAGAGAGAGGGUUCCCGGCCGACGGCGAGGCUCCUUUAGCCACCGUCGGUCCGGUUAUGUUUUUCAAGUUUUUAAACGGGGUUUUAGGUGUUUAGAUCUUUAGUUUGUGGAUCUGUUGGGUUUAGUCUCGGCGGCGCACCUAUCUACGGUGGCCGUCCGAUUUUGUCCCGGGAGGUGAUGGCUUUCUCAGCAUCUUCUUCGCCGGUUUCUGUUUCCGGGAGUCGGUGGCUUCGUCAGCACCGAGAUCGCCGGUUUUGGUUCCGGGAGGCGGUGGCUCUCUUAGCACCGCUAGCGCCGGCUAGUUUCUCGAGUUACCUCACCGCGAUCUACGAAUCCGAGCCUCUCUUGUUCAUCUGGCUCUCGUCUCUGAAUCUGGUUCCGCAUGCAUGUAUGUCGGAGAUGAUGAGCGAUUGUAGCCGGGUUUAUUCUCUAUUAAAAUCGUAGAUCCGGUUAGUUAUGAGUCUCGGUGUGCGUUGGUUGCAUUCGAGUUGUGGUGGAAAGGUGGGUUUGAAUGGUCUCGGCUCAAUUCCGUUGACGGCGCAGUGGUUAGGCGUCGUAUCGCGGAAGCUGGAGCCGCAGGAAGAAGAUAGGGAGGCGCGCGCUUCGCGCGGAUCGAGCGGCGUUGCCCUAGCUAGGGUUUUCGGAAUUUGGGCCUGUUGGGCCAUUAUGGCAGUUGUGGUUUUUAAUGUAUUUGGGCUUUUGUAGUUUUUCUUUGUAUGGUUUGGGCUCUGCCCUUUUGGGUUUUUUACCCCUUUUAAUUAAUAAAUUCAGAUGGAAAAAAAAAAAAAAAAAAAACAAAUACACAAAAGCGCAGUUCACUUCUUAAAAAGCGUCACAUAUGUUGAUAAUAAUCCAAAACUUUGUAUUGUCAAAUGGUAUAAACCCAACCCCAAAAUAAAAUAAAAUAAACUAAAAUAAAAUUCUCUUUGUCAAAAUAUUUGAGAAAAUAAACGGCACGUGUUUCCAGAACAAAACAAAAACAAAUCACUAAAACGACCCCGUGUCUGAAGAGCGUGCCAGUUGGCAGCUGAACAAGCCACAAAAAUUUGAAAACACGGAACCGUAUAUAAAUAAGAGCAUUCUUUCCACUUUCAGUUUCCUCAGACACAACAGAAAACAAAAAAAACAUAAUCAUCCUCUCCAGGUGCUUCAUUCAACACUUACACAGUCACUCGAAAAUGCAUUAUCCUAAUAACACCAGACCCGAAUUCGUCGGAGCUCCAGCUUCAGAGCGAGACUCGACCCGGAACAGGUAUCAACAGAAGGAGCAGUUGUCACCGGAGCAAGAGCUCUCGGUUAUAGUCUCCGCUUUGCAACACGUUCUCUCAGGGGAGAAAGAAACGACGCCGUAUCAGGGCUUCUCCAGCAGUAGCACAGUGAUUAGCGCGGGAAUGCAUUCCGACACGUGCCAAGUGUGCAGGAUCGAUGGUUGUUUAGGCUGUAACUACUUUUUCGCGCCAAAUCAGAGAAUCGAAAAGAAACAACAAGUAGAGGUAGAAGAAGGGGUUACUAGUAAGAGUAGUGGAAGAGAGAGCACGGUGGUGGCGGCGGCGGCUACGGGGAAGAUAAGGAAGAGGAAGAACAAGAAGAAUGGAUACAGAGGAGUGAGGCAGAGACCUUGGGGGAAAUUUGCUGCAGAGAUCAGAGAUCCCAAGAGAGCGACACGUGUCUGGCUCGGCACUUUCGAAACAGCUGAGGACGCGGCUAGGGCCUAUGAUAGAGCAGCUAUUGGGUUCCGUGGGCCGCGGGCUAAACUAAACUUCCCCUUUGUGGAUUACACUUCAGCUACUACUUCUUCCUCUGUUCCAGCUGAGGAUACAAGAACGAAUGCAAGCGCGAGUGUAAGCGCAGUGGAUUCUGUGGAAGCAGAGCAAUGGCGUGGAGGAGAAGGAGGAGAUUGUGAUAUGGAGGAGUAUUUGAAGAUGGUGAUGGAUUUUGGGAAUGGUGAUUCUUCGGAUUCAGGGAACACUAUUGCUGAUAUGUUUCAGUGAUAAAUAAAAGAAAAAAAAAAUGAUUCUUUUCAGAUUAAAUUGUAGUUACAAAGAUGUAGUUACUCGUUCAUAAAAAAAGAGAAUUGAUUCUUCUCAGAUUAAA